UCCUAGCAGUGGGCGUGAGACGAAGCGAAGCUUUGAGACCCGGAGACCCUGAGGCGCGGAGUGGUUGCAGCAGAACUAAACGGCGCGUGAGCGGUCAUCAUGAGCAGCGACGGGGAAGCAGUUGUACUCGUCUCUGCUGCACGGACCCCGGUGGGAUCCUUCAAUGGUGCAUUGUCUACCUUUCAUGCCCAUGAGCUUGGUUCCAUAGCUGUUAAGGAAACUUUGAAGAGGGCAAACAUCAAGCCUGAAGAGGUAUCUGAGGUUAUAUUUGGACAAGUCUUGACUGCAGGUGCUGGUCAGAAUCCUGCUCGACAAGCCAGUGUUGGGGCGGGGAUUCCAUAUGAGGUACCAGCUUGGAGCUGCCAAAUGAUAUGUGGUUCAGGUCUGAAAGCUGUAUGCCUGGGAGCUCAGUCCAUUAUGACAGGAGAGUCCAGUAUUGUGGUGGCUGGAGGCAUGGAAAGCAUGAGCAAGACACCCCACAUAGUUCAUAUGCGCAAUGGUGUGAAGAUGGGAGAUACCGCUUUGCAGGACAGUAUUAUCCUAGAUGGUUUGACAGAUGCUUUUUACCGCUACCACAUGGGUGUAACUGCUGAAAACGUGGCCAAGCAAUGGAAAGUCAGUCGAGAAGAGCAAGACCAGCAGGCUGUAAUUUCACAGAACAAGGCUGAAAAUGCCCAGAAGGCUGGCUAUUUUGAGAAAGAGAUUGUCUCUGUUCUUGUUCCUUCCAGGAAAGGUCCUGUUGAAGUUAAGGCAGACGAGCACCCCCGCCAUGGUAGUAAUAUUGAAUCGAUGGCAAAGCUAAAGCCUUACUUUGUGACGGAUGGAACAGGAACUGUGACUGCAGGAAAUGCUUCAGGUGUUAAUGAUGGUGCUGCAGCUGUAAUUCUAAUGAAAAAAGCCGAAGCACUUAGACGCGGCCUCAUACCUUUGGCACAGAUUGUGUCUUGGGCUCAAGUUGGCAUAGACCCUUCUGUAAUGGGGAUGGCACCUGCCCCAGCCAUAAAGAAAGCUGUUGAAAAAGCAGGUUGGACAAUGGACCAAGUAGACGCAUUUGAAAUUAAUGAAGCCUUUGCUUCACUAGCUGUAGCAAUUACAAGAGAGCUAAAACUGAACCCGGAGAAGGUUAACAUCGAAGGUGGGGCUGUUGCCCUUGGUCAUCCUCUGGGAGCAUCUGGAUGUCGCAUCCUUGUUACUCUGGUGCAUGUUCUGGAACGAACAGGCAAAAAGCGUGGAGUUGCUGCUUUGUGCAUAGGAGGAGGGAUGGGUAUAGCUAUGUGUGUAGAAAGAUAAUGGGAACCUUUCCUCAUUUUUGUAGUAAUGUGAAUAUCACAACCUGUAUUUUACUCAAAACUCUGGACUUCACCAAGUUUUAUUUAACAUAUUUGAACAUCAAAAUUAUUGCCUGGUCCCCUACUACAGGCUAUUCCCUCAGUCCCUCCUUCCCACAGCAAGGUACACAAAUCUUCAUGACGGGAUUCAUGGAAUUGCUAUGGAAGUGCCUACAAACAUUAAUUUAGUAUAGCAACCGUGUCUUCAAUUACUACUUAUCGCCUUUACUGCUGCACAGAACAUAAGAGAUGAGUAGUCCCCAUCUAUAUGCACUAAGAGCUGCAUGAACUUGCCUUCUUCCUUCAGAUCCCUGCUGUACACACAGAAAACCGGUGUGUAUGUGUGUGUGGUUUCGCUAUGUGCUCAUUCCCCCAGUCUUAGGCUUCAUGAUAUAGGACGACACUGACAAAUGCAGUAUAAUUCGUUUAUUAAUUAGUUACUCAUUUUCUGUGAGCAGACAGGACUUUAACAGCUUGUUUUAUUAACAUACCAGACUAGAAGGAAUUUUACAGGUACACAGUUAAACAAAAAAAUCCACUUAAUCUUCAAUUGCUCCAGAGUGAACAGCAUCUUCAUAACAGCCACCUUUAUCAUUUUUACUUUCAGGGUACAACUUAAUAAGGUCGUCAAUUCGCAGAAUAGUAAUUGCUGCUUCUGUUGCAAACUUCAAACUCUUUGUUUUGACCACAGUAGGCUCAAAUACACCAGCUUGUUUAUUAUCACGUGGCUUCCCAUUGAUUAAAUCAAGGCCAAUCCUAUUAAAACAUGAACAAUUGUGAAGUUGAUAUAUCAAUUUCAAAAUGACCUUAUGCCUAAUUCAUAUAAGACCUACUUUGAAAGUUUCCACAGUAGAUAAAAGCAAAAUGCCUGUAGCAUUAAAACUCAAGUGAGUGUUUAAUAGCUAUCUGCCAUUGAUUCUGCCAUCAACCCCUUUCAUGGGUCAUUGCUUUUUUCAGAGGUACCUACCAUUUCAGAUUUUUCCGUUCAGGAUUAACUUGAGCUUCAUUAUGAAAUGCCCUGAGUUUUGCAACAAGAUCUAUAGCAUCUUGGGCAGCAUUGACUGCUAAAGUAUUUGGAAUUACUAGGAGAGAUCUUGCAAAUUCUGCAAUAGCAAGCUGUUCACGUGAUCCCUAAAUUAAAAAAGAAAAACUCAUUUUAACAUUUUAGUGCUUUAAACCUGUAUUUGUAGAGUACAAGAACUGUUUUACGAACACCAAUCUGGAUUCCAGUCAUUUGUCAGCAGAAAGCACUAAGGGUUGCAGAAAUUCCUAUCAUUUGCAGUAGUCCUUUCCAACCGGGGGAAAGUUUAUUAUCAGGUUGCAGGACCAACAAAAUGCAGUGGAGAAGGUAAUGGGAAUGAAAUGUCCUUCAUGAAAGAGUCUUGAGAAGCCCAGGAAUAAAAAAAGGUACCGCCAGAAAAGACUGGUGAGGGAAGCAGAAAGUGGGGAAGAUCCAUGAUCCUUGUGAUGGAUCCAACCAAAUGAUUGGGGGUUUUUUGGUGUUGAGUACACUAACAUUCUACUGUCUCGUGUGAUUCCUUUCUAUAUAUGAUGUCAAUUGCAUUUAGCAAUACAGCUGGUUCUCAAGAACUGGCAAAACCAAGGUGACAUGCAAAAGUUUUUCUGUAUUAACUUUAAUCAAAUCACUUACCAUGCUGGUUGCAUAAUUUUCUAGAUAAAUAGAAAGUGCUGCUUCAACAGCUCCACCUCCUGGUACCACGGACUUUGACUCUAAUACUCUUUUGACAACACAGAGAGCAUCAUGCAGAGAUCGCUCCAUCUCAUCACACAUGAAGUCAUUUGCUCCUCGUAAUAUAAUGGAGGCUGAUGUUCGUGCCUUAGUACUGUAAGAAAAGUAUAACAAACUGUUCUCUGCAUGCAUUUUAAUAAACAUUUAUCUUGCA